ACUUUAAUCACUUUGUCAAUAUAUAGAAAGAUGUUUAUUGGAUUGAUGGCGUUUAUAGGUAUUUCUCAUGUUGGUCAUUGCAGGAGAUACUCAAGUUGGACAAGUAUAUGUUGUCGUUCCAAAUAUUGUUUUUGUUGGUUUUCUUCCAGAAAUCAGCGUUGGACAAGAAUCCAAGUAUCUUAUUUAGUAAGAAGAACACAAAGACAGCCUGUUACCUGUGCCUACCGUCGACCACCUCGAAGGAACUUGAUUCCCUUAAAACCUUCUCCAAAGAAUAGAUUACUGGCGUUUCUUCCUUACUUGAUGCCCCUUUUAGACGGUGUUGUUUAUGGGAGAUUUGUGUUUGCUAAAUAUCCUGUUAUUUCUGCUUUUAUUUUCUAUCCAUUGCAACCGUUGCUAAUUGUCUAUCGAGGUAUUCCCUUUUUGGCUUUUGUUCUCUUCGCCAUGUUAUUCUACUUCAUUGUUCGUAAUGAGACAGUGGACAAUUUUAUUAGGUUCAAUACUAUGCAAGCUAUUCUCAUAGACUUGGUAUUGAUUAUUCCCCAAAUGUUCCUUCAUGCAACCUCAGCUUCUGGAGCUAUACCUCCUGGUGUAGUAGAAAGCCUUUGUAGUUUGGUUUUCUGUGCUAUAGUGGUUAUCACUAUGUACGUCAUAAUAUGUGUGGCUCGAGGCAAUAAGCCGGAUCAAGUGCCAUUGAUUAGUGAAGCUUCACGAGCCCAAUUGAAUCGAUUCUUUUGAGAUCGGCACAUCAAAAAUAAUAAAUGUCGGAAGAAAUCUUUUUACGUGGUG